AAAAAACCUCAAAUAUAAUCAUCAUCAUGUAUCGUCUUGCAAUCAACUCUGCCAUGCGACCAGCAGUCCGCACAUCCAUCCCAGCUGCUAGAGCAUUUACUGUAUCAGCACGCACAAUGGGCGAGGGAGACACCGGCGCUGCCAGAUUUGGCGGCCAACAAGAUGCCUUUACCAAACGCGAAAAGGCCAAUGAGGAUUACACCAUCCGUCAGCGCGAGAACGAGAAACUUUUGGAGUUGAGGAAGAAAAUUACCGAACAACGUGAUCACUUGAAGAAACUCGAGGACCACAUUUCCGAAAUCGAGAAGCAAUCUGGUGGCGAACAGAAGUAAGUAUACACAUACUUUUAGAAAAAACUUCGAGCUUUCGUCCAUAUAUCCAUAGUCAGAAUUUGAGAAGUACUGUUUUCCGUCGAUGGACUCCUCUCUUCUCUAAAUGCAAUCAAGUCUUUUAAUUCCCA